AUGGAAGCAGCGAAUAUUGCUUGCCUCUGCAUUAGAAUAUCAAAAAGGAAUGCGCCACCUUCUCACUACACGUUAAAGAUUGAGUCAUUCUCACAAUUGUGUAAAAUACUCAAGAAGACUGGACUUGAGAAGUACGAAUCUGAUGUUUUUGAAUCCGGCGGCUACAAAUGGAAAUUGGUGUUGUAUCCUUCUGGAAAUGUGAAAAGAGGUGGGAAUGAUCACAUCUCUCUCUACGUAGCAAUUGCUGAGGAAAAUGCAAUUCCUCCUGGAUCCCAGGUUGAUGUGAUCCUCAGAUUUUCUAUUUAUGAUCAUAUUCGAGACAAGUACUUGACAAUCCAAGAUGAUAAAAUGAGGCGUUACCAUUCGCUGAAGACUGAAAAUGGUUUUGACCAACUAAUCUCACUCAAGAUGUUCAAUGAUUCUUCUAAUGGAUAUGUUGAUGAUGAUUGCUGCGUUUUCGGAACAGAGAUUCAUGUUAUUAAGUGUGAAGGCAAAGGGGAGAGAUUUUCCAUUGUAGAAGAACCUGAUGAUGGUGCCUUUACAUGGAUGAUUGAGAAAUUCUCCACAUUGCAAAAAACUCGCAAUCGUUCAGAGGAAUUUUCUCUUGCAAAUCAUAAGUGGCGCUUGCUGUUAUAUCCCAAAGGAGAUUCAAUGGCAAGAGGCAAAAGUGUGUCACUCUUUUUAGAAUUACUUAACAACAGUGCUCAUCCUCAUCAAAGAGUGUAUACAGAAUAUAAGCUGACAGUAAAAGAUCAGGUCCGGGAAAGCCAUCAUGAGAUUACAGGAAGUGAUUGGUUUAACAGCAAAUCAGGCGAAGAUAGCUGGGGAUGUUCUGAAUUCAUGCCGCUUAAUGAUAUUUAUAAUGCAUCAAAGGGAUUUCUAGUGGAUGAUACAUUGAUUGUUGAAGCACAAAUUUCCCUCCUCGCAGAUGUUGAACCUCUCUCCUAAAAAAUCAAUGCUUUAAAUAUGAAUAGUAAUGUAUUACUGUGUGCCAGUGCUUUUCGUGCUAUUGUUUUCUUAUGAGCUAGUGGCCCCAACUAAGAUGAUAAUGGUGAUGUUUAGCUUGAGGAAUUUGGCAAACCAAUUACUCUGUUACAGGCAUAAAGUUUAUUAAUAUUAUAUAUGAAUAUUAAUAUUAUCAGGUAUCAGUUCGAAU